GUGUUUCAGAUAUUUUGCUAUCUUGCGCCUCUCUCUUUCUCUCGACGCUUUUUGUAUAUAAGGCAGUAGCAUCAUUUUCAGAGAGAGAGAGAGAGAGGAGGAAGGAAGAAAAUCUCAAGGGUUUAGGCCCAGAUAUCCUCUGCAAUAACCCUAGCUUUCUUCUUCUUCUUCUUCUUUAACUUCUUAGAAAUGGAGUUUGUGGGAAGACCAGUGAAGAAGGAGUUUCAUGGGUUUGGGAUUUUCUCGGGACUCGUCAAAUCCUAUGACCCAGAAUCUGGUUUCUUCGAAAUACUGUACGAAGAUGGCGAUUCUGAGGAGCUGGAAUGGUCUGAACUUGCUUUCCUGUUGGAGGGUGAGGUGGCUGAUCCUGGUCUGGUCGAGUUGACCCAGAAGCCUCGGGUUGGUCGCAAGCCCAAGAAACGGCGGAGAGUGGAGAUUAAGCCUGAAAAUCCGGAGAAUUCAGGUAACACUUCUGGACAUUUGGAUAAUUUGAAUGGUGGGUUUUCGGAAACCCUAGGGAAAUCUGGGGAAGGUGUGGGAAAAUUUGGGGUGAAUGGUGGCUUUGAUUUAAAUGAUGGGUUUAAUUUUAAUAAUGGGUGCAGUUUGAGUGUUGAUUGUGAGGAAAAUGUGACGAGGAGUAAUUAUAUUGAUUUGAAUUUGAAUGUGAAUGGUGAUUUUGAUGAAAGCUCAAAGGCGAUUGAGUUGGGUUGUGCUGUUGUGGAAACCCGGAAGAAGGGAUGUUCUUUUGAUUUGAAUUUGGGGUUAGACGAUGAAAUGAAGGACGCAGAUGUUGAAUGUGGAGGACAGUUGAAAGAAAUUCAUGUAGAUGGUGGUGGUGGGGGUGGUGCAAAUGGGACUUUGGAGGGAGGUGUCUCAGCGAAGGGUGUCAAUGAUUCCAGAGAGUUUGUGUUGGCAGAUUCUGGUUUGUGGCAGGUUGGAGUUCCAAGGGAAGAUGGUAUUUCAAUGGCACUUUGGAUGGAAAAUGCUUCUAACUGUGUAAAUCAUAGUGCAUUUUCUGAAGUUCAAUUGGAGGGUCUCUCUGGAGAUAGCAUUGCCGUAAUCAGUGGAUGUCAGGGAAACUUGGUAAGCCCAUAUAACGAAGGAAAAAGAGGUAGAAAGAGAAGAAAACUAUUAAAUAAUUUGACAUCUGGGACAGAAACAGUGUUGAGAAGAAGUACUCGAAGAGGGUCUGCCCAGAAAGGUAAUGUUUCAAGCAUAAUGGUACCAUUUGCAGUCAGUGAUGGAUCCCCAUCUGCAGCUGUUAGUCUAGUAUCAGAGGGGAAGCCUAUUAUCUCUGGUCAUGCAGGAAUUGAAGAUUGCAUUGGUCUUCCCCCAAAGCUGCAAUUGCCCCCUUCAUCACAGAACUUGAAUUUGGAUGGAAUUCCCAUAUUUGACUUUUUCUCUGUUUAUGCCUUUUUAAGGUCAUUUAGUACAUUAUUAUAUUUAAGUCCCUUUGAGUUGGAAGAUUUUGUGGAAGCAUUGAGAUGCAAUUUUUCUAACCCUUUGUUCGAUUCUGUCCAUGUUUCUCUAUUGCAAACUUUGAGAAAGCAUUUGGAAUUUCUAUCAGAUGAAGGUUCCCAAUCUGCUUCCAGUUGUUUGAGGUGUCUUAAUUGGGGUUUGCUGGAUUCAGUUACAUGGCCAGUGUUCAUGGCUGAAUACCUACUGAUUCAUGGUUCAGGUUUGAAACCUGGUUUUGAUUUUAGUUGUUUGAAGCUAUUUGACAAUGACUACUGCAAACGACCUGUGGCUGUAAAGGUUGAGAUACUUCGAUGUCUGUGUGAUGAUGUGAUUGAAGUGGAGGCGCUAAGAUCAGAGCUCAGUAGAAGAUCAUUGGCAGCUGAGCCUGAUAUGGAAUUCAAUCGGAAUGUUAACAUUGAGAUCUGCAAGAAAAGGAGGGCUAUGAUGGAUGUUUCAGGUGGUUCUUGCUUGGCUGAGGAGGUUGUUGAUGAAAUCAAUGACUGGAAUAGUGAUGAAUGCUGCCUCUGCAAGAUGGAUGGAAACUUAAUAUGCUGUGAUGGAUGUCCUGCUGCAUAUCAUUCAAGAUGUGUAGGUGUUGCUAGUGAUCUUUUGCCAGACGGUGACUGGUAUUGCCCUGAGUGUGCAAUUGACAAGGAUAAGCCCUGGAUGAAGCAGCGAAAAUCACUUCGAGGAGCAGAGCUGUUGGGAGUUGAUCCUCAUGGUCGUCUGUAUUUUAGCAGCUAUGGUUACUUAUUGGUGUCAGAUUCAUGUGACACUGAAUCCUCAUUCAAUCAUUACUCCAGAAAUGAAUUGAAUGAUGUUAUUGAAGUGCUGAAGUUUUCAGAGAUUCAUUACGGUGAAAUAAUAACUGCAAUCUGCAAGCACUGGGGAUCCUCUGUUAAUUUAAAUGGAGCAACUAGCAGUUUGGACUCUGAGAACCAUGCUAUAUUUUCAGAUAUGGUUAGGAAAGCACAAACCACUGCCAUUUGUAUGACCCCGCUACCUUGGACACCUGAAACCUGUGCGGUUAAGGAGGAGAGCACUGAUGAAAGAAAGCCAGGAGAGAAAUCUGUUGCUGAAGUUUCUCUCAGCUGUGGGGUUUCAAAGUCUAUUACCUUGUUGAAUUCAACGAUUGUGAACAGUUCUAUGGAGAUAGAAAAUCCUAUUGCAAGUUCUGAACAAUCAGCAGAAAUUAUACAAUCGAGCACAGGCAUUCAGAAUUUCCAGAAUCAUGGGUCAGACUGUUUAAAUACAUCUGCUAGAAUCUCAAAUCAAGCUGAGAGUCCUGAAAAAACCCCACCUGUUGGGAACUGUUCUAUAUCUACUAGCAUUGAUGUUGAACAAGAAAAAAAGAUAGAAUCUGCAGUCGAUGGCCAUACUUCAUCUCCCAUACACACGAGAAAAGAGGAUGUAUCACAGGUACAGUGUGGAAUUGAUUACACAAACUAUUACAGUUUUGCUCAAACAGCCUCAUCAGUUGCAGAAGAGUUAAUGCAUAAGUCAUCCGACAAGAGCAAAGAACACUCCACAACAUCAGCUGAGGAAAUAAUUUCAGCACAGAUAAAAGCCAUUUCAAAGAAUUUUACGAAGUUUUGUUGGCCAAAUGCUCAGAGUCUAACCAUGGAUGCUGAGAAAGAAAAUUGUGGGUGGUGCUUCUCUUGCAAAGAUUCCACUGGUGACAAGAAUUGCUUGUUUAAAACGAAUUUUAUGGUGCCUGUUCAGGAAGGUUCUAAAAGUGAGGGGGUUGGCCUCCAAUCAAAGAAGAAUAGGAAAGGCCAUCUUGUUGAUGUCAUAAAUUACAUCCUCUCUAUUGAAGUUCGCCUGCGUGGGCUUCUCAUGGGUCCAUGGAUGAAUCCACAUCAUGCUAAACUUUGGUGUAAAAAUGCUCUCAAGGCAUCUGAUGUUGCAUCAGUAAAACAUCUGCUGCUCACAUUAGAGUCAAAUUUGCGUCGCCUUGCACUCUCUGCUGAUUGGUUGAAACAGAUGGAUUCUUUUAUUACAAUGGGUUCAGCUUCUCACAUUGUGAUAAGUUCGCGUGCAUCUUCAAAGCUUGGGGUUGGGAAAAAACGGACUAGGUGUUCUGGUUUUGUCUCCAAACCUUCAUCAAAUGCAGCCACAGGAUUGAGUUUAUUUUGGUGGAGGGGUGGUAGGCUUUCACGUAAGUUGUUCAAUUGGAAGGUUUUGCCUCGCUCUUUGGCUUCCAAGGCUGCUCGACAAGCUGGAUGUACAAAGAUACCGGGCAUAUUAUAUCCUGAAAGUUCAGAAUUUGCAAAAAGAAACAAGUAUGUUGUCUGGCGAUCUGCUGUUGAGACCUCAACAAGUGUAGAGCAGCUUGCUUUGCUGGUUAGAGAGCUUGAUUUGAACAUUAGGUGGGAUGACAUUGAAAACACGCAUCCUCUCUUUAAGUUGGACAAGGAAGCUAGAAAAUCUAUCAGGCCAUUCAGGAAGGUUAUAAUCCGCAGAAAGUGCAUAGAAGGAACAAUAUCAAAGUAUCUACUUGAUUUUGGCAAGAGAAAAAUCAUCCCUGAUGUGGUCGUUAAGCAUGGGUCUAUUCUUGAAGAGUCCUCUAGUGAAAGGAAGAAAUACUGGCUGGAUGAAUCUCAUGUUCCCUUGCAUCUCUUGAAAGCCUUUGAAGAGAAGAGAAUUGCUCGCAAAUCCAGUAAUAUUAAUUCCGGAAAACUAAAUGAGGGUGGUAGAGAAAUGAAGAAGCCCUCCAAGGACAAGGGUUUUUCGUACCUUUUCUUGAAGGCCGAAAGAUCUGAGAAUUAUCAAUGUGGACACUGUAAGAAAGAUGUCCUGACCAGGGAAGCUGUAAGCUGCCAGUACUGCAAAGGCUAUUUCCAUAAAAGGCAUGUCAGAAAAUCUGCUGGUUCCAUCAGUGCUGAAUGUACGUAUACAUGUCAUAAAUGCCAGGAUGGGAAGCCCAUGAAGAUCAACGCAAAAAUUGGGAAUGUCCAGUCUCAAAAGGGUAAAAAAGGCUCCACAGAUUUGUAUAAGAAAAAAGGAAAAGCCUACAAAAAUUGCAGGCUAUUGGGAUCAAAAAGUGGUAAAAAAAUUUUCACAAAGGAACAGCCUGUGCGUUCAUGUAAGGGUAGAAAACCCUCCACAGGUAAACGGCCUGUACGAUCACUUGUCAAGAGAGAAGUUUCCACAGUUGUUCCUCUUCGGCGUUCAGCAAGGAAAAUUAAAUUUGUGUCUCUGCAAAAUAAAAAUCUUGAAGAACAGGACAAAGGCAAACAGGAAAAAGGCAAACAGGAAAAAGGUAAACAGGUUAAAUCAAUGAAAUCCAAAAAGAGGACACCUAAGAAGCCAAAGAAAGAGACCUCUUGGAAGAAGAAGAAGAGGAGGACACUGGUUUGUUACUCUUACUGGCUUAACGGUCUCCUAUUGUCUAGAAUGCCAAAUGAUGAUCGAGUGAUGCAGUUUAGGAGGGAAAGACUUUUUGUCCCUUCUGAACACUUGAACGUUGUCAUUGAUAAACCCACCUGUCAUCUUUGUGCUGAAGCAGGACAUACACCAAUGCUAAACUACAUUAACUGUGAAAUCUGUGGAGAUUGGUUUCAUGGAGAUGCUUUUGGACUUGAUGUGGAAACUAUUGGUAAUCUUAUCGGUUUUAGGUGCCAUGAAUGCUGUAAGAGGACACCCCCUGCAUGCCCACAUUUGCAAGGUAUGAGCCGCGAUGAGGCACAAUUGGAUGAGGUGAAAAGUGAUGUAGGGAUUGACUGUUUGGUUCCCCAAAGUGAGGCAUAUGUCAGACAAGAAUCUCAGUCAGAUGAGGAUUCUCCAGGUUUAUUUGUGGUUGAUGAGUCCAUUCAUAAGGAGGAGCAAGUAGGUGCAGUUCCAGGUUCAAAUCAGGGGCCCAUUUUGAAACCUAAGUUGGAAGGUGAAAACGGGCACUUGCUCGCUUUUGAGAUGCAGAAAACAGAUGCAACUGAAAGUUCUGAUGAUAAGGAUUUUGAAGCUGGUGUACCAAUGAAAACUGAAGAGAAUCUUACAUUGGAAGAGAAUACCAUUGAGUUAGGAAAAGAAAAUGUUACUGUGGAACCCCCAUCCUGUGAGGCUGAUGUUGAUAUGACAGACACAGAAAUUGCAUCAUCAAGGCAUGAGGAAGCAACUAAUGGUUUGUUGAAAUCAAUCAUUCUAGAUGAGGCAGUGGGGGAUUCACUUUUUCAGGCGAAGCUCCUAUCCUGCAAGGCUGAUGUGGAUGUGACAGACACAGAAAUGGGAUCAUCAAGGCAUGAGGAAGCGACCAAUGGUUUGUUGAAGACAUCGGUCAUCCUAAAAGAGCCAGUUGAUGGAACUCUUGUUGACUCAUCUAAGUUGCAUCAGACAAUUCUGGCAUCAGGUGAACUAUUAGAUAUGGGAGAAAAAAAAUGUUUAGAUUAGAUUCUGAGCUGUCCUUCAACUGAUGUAACAAGGCUGCCAAUACCAUAGAGGCUAGAACCAUUUGUGAAUAUUCUAAUGUCGUGGAGAUUCAGGGCAGAAUUAAAAAGCUAUAUUGGGAUAUUCAUUUAAAACUGAAAAAUAAAGUCCCCAUUUGAGGAAUGAUUUACAUGGGCAAGAGCAAGAGAACUGCUUCAAUCUUCUUCUUUUUUUCUUUCUCUCUUUUUCUUUUUCUUUCUUUAUUUUAUUUUUUUUUGGAGUUUUUUUAAGGUGGGAGAUUGCUCCCUUUGUUUCAUUUUUGAUGUUUGAUUCAGAAAUGGUUAGCAGUUUGUUCUUGGGAUGGAUAUCUGGUAGGCGGGUUUUUUGGUAUAUGGUUCUUGACCAGGUCUUCUAAUGUUCUUCGUGUGCCCCAGACAGCUUAUCCUAUGGCUGGCUUUUUCAAACUAUUCAAAUUAGUUUUGUUCUUCAAGGGAUCUCAGAGGCUUGGAAUAGCUUGCAAUGGGUGUAUUGAAGGCUUACUGUAACAUGUUAUUUUGUAGCCAAGUGAGUAGUGGUAAUUUUACAUUUGGCCCUGACUCUUCAAUUUCUUGAUUCAAAGGUAUAACAAGAUUCAUACUCCCUUGUUUGCCUGAAACAUUUUUCAAAAAACUGUUCAUAUUAGAUGUAAUUUUGUUCAGUGAUUAUAAGAAAAAGAUAGAUAUAUUCUUUUUUAGUGCACUGAUUCUAAUUACCAAUGUAAUUUUUUUAUCAUGCAGUAGUCAUAUGAUGCUUUUAUGUUCCAUCGUUUUUGUGGUUCAUCCCCUCUACAUGUCAGGCUCAUAAUUGACUGCUUUCUUACAUGUUGAAUGUGGUUUGAUAUGCUUCAAAGGUUGAUAAAUCUGAAUUUAAGUUUAAUCUCAGGAGAUUGUUAAGUCAGCAGUGAAGUUUAAAUUCAGGCUGCUUUUGUACAUCUAUUUAGCCUAUCAUUCCACAACCCUGCGUUUGAUAUCCGAUGGUAGAAUGAUCUGUUACUUGUUAAAUGUUUCCUUCCUUGAUGUUGAUUCCUUUUUAUCAGAGACAAACAUAUUCAUUGACAUGUUUUGUUCCUUUAUGUUGAUUCUUUUUUAUGUGAAAUAAACAGCAUUAUUCAACUUCAUUCUGGCAUGAAUUCAACUAAGUUUCCACUCUGAAAUUCAUCUGGUCCGUAUAGAAUUAACUCAGUAUUUCAAACAUUUAGUAACUCCUUGCAUGGAGAUGGAUCUCUUUCUUCUCUUUCUUCUUUUUGACUUGGCAAUAAGCAUAGAACAUAUUUUGAAGAGCGUGAAAAGGGGUGCAACCCUAGUGCACAGGCAGUAUACAAUAUGUAUCUAGGCACCAAGAAACAGAAAUGACUACUGUAGCCUUCACUAAUCUGUCAGUGACCUCCUCGAAAGAUCUUCUGGCUCAGUAACCUUUUCUCAACGAGGAAAAUAGGAUCCCUUCAUAUUUUCCUUAAGUUUCUAUCAUAGUUUUUAAUCCCUUUGAGUGUUCUAUUACAUAUAAAAAAAAACUGUUCUUACUCUUUUCUUAUACUCCUAGCAGCAAACUUCCCAUGCCAACUAGAUAGGGCUUGUUUCAUAGUUUACAGGAGCAUCCAAUUCACACCAAAGAGGAUGAAGGAAAAACAGGGGCAUAAAUCAUAGCCACUAUACGUGUAAAAGAAUGUUAUCAGAACUUCCAAUGCCCUGAAUAAACGAAACACCAAUUUGAAAUUUUCCUCUCCUACAAUGUAGUCAAUGCUAAAAUUCUUUUUCAUACUACUUGCACAUAAAGAACACCAUCUUUAUAGGUGUCAAAGUAGCUGAGCUUUCUUUUCAUUUGUUGGCAGUGGGCCUCACCCCUUGUUAUGCAAAGCCCUGCAGAAAUAAUUAAGGGUGUUAUAUUUGGAAGGCAAGUUCCCUUGCAUAAUGUCAUCUCUGUUUCUACCAAUCUCUACUUUGUAUAGCUGGUAAAUAAAGUAAGCAUUUCCUCUUCCUCCCAGUCUUGAACAUACCUGGAGAAGCUUGGAUUCCAAUGACUUCCUUUCUCCCUUACCAUAUAAUCUGCUAUUCGCAUCACCAUAAGCUCUGAACAAAUUGGGGACCCAUACAUGCCCAUUGCCUACUAAUAUAAGUAAGCGGGUUAGGAGAAAGCCAAGUUCCAAUUACCCUCUUGCUUACUCCUGGCUCAUUAGUGCAACCGUCCAAAUUCGCCCCAUAAGUACAAUUACUUGAACAAUCUAUCUCCCCUCCCCCUAUCCCCGAAAAAUGCUAGUCCAGUGUUGAUGCCCAAAAGGAAGCAUUUGACAAUGGCAAUAUGAAAAUGGUUUCAAGUGAAGAGCUGAUCUCCCAUGAAGUUCGAGGAAGAGCUCUCAAUUUGGUUAGUAAUAACUAUCCUAAAGUUCAUAUCUAUCUUUGUGCUUUUGUGAAGGAUUUCUCAUCCUUCACAUGUAUUUUGAAUUCUUAUUCAUUGAAUUUUUGUUUCUGAUUAAACAAAAAAAAAAGAAAAAAAAAAAACUUGCAUUGAGAGAAUUGCAGUAGGAAGCUAUGAGCCAGUAGCUGAAUUCAUCUUCCUGUACACAUGGAUGCAUUGCCAGGAUUCGAACUUUCAGGAUUGUUGUUUUGUUGAGACAUUUAAAACUGUAGGAAAUUACACAAGAGGAGCUGAUAGGUUCAAUAAAGUUUUCUUGUGUUUUAAUGAUUAAUCUGAGUUGAAUUAAUUACUCUGGAAAUAACUGAAAAAACAGGUUAAUAAGGAGAGUUGGAAAAGAUUAUGAAAGUUUAGUAUCUUUUAUGUAUAUAUUAUUAUUAUUGAUCAGACCUUUUAUGUAUACAUUAUCAGGUGUGCUUCAUUUUCGAAAAAAGAAAAAAAAAAAAAGAAGAUUAUGUUAUUCAAGAUUAUGAAAAUUUAGAUAUUUCUAAAACAUUCUUGGUAAGAUAUACUGAAAACUUUAUCAUAUAUUACUGCCUGGUAAUAAGAGAAGAUGAGGCAUAAUGCAGGUCUUUAGUGGAGUAGUAUCAUGAAACAGGAUCUAUAUUGAAAUGUGUCACCCUGGUCCUUUUGGUAUGAGGGGCUAUUGUUUCAAAAUUGCUCAAUAAUAUGACUCUAGCUGACAUUCCAUGAUUAUUUACUGAAACUUAUCUGAUUUUGGGAUUUGUCAUGUGAAUCAUUUAGUGUUGCUGGUACCUGCUAGCAUCUUUCAUAGUUUGCAGUUAUUUUUUUUAUCAGAUUCAUACUUCUUAGUUAUGACCUGUUCAAAGGGGUACAAGCCAAUAAUAUAUUUGUAAAUUGGGAUGAAAUUAUAUUUUAUAGUUUAUCAGACUAUUAUUUCCUGAAUGUUCUCCUUUUUUCUUUUGCUCUUCUUGUAUUUGGAAGAAUGCUUUUUCCCUCUUUUUAUUCUUUUCUUUGGUAAAUUAUUUCUUUCUGAAAAAUGAUUUAGAAAUAGAGGUAGCAGCAUCUGUUAUAUGUUGAGCCUACACACUUUGUACAAAAUCUUUAGAGUAAGAGGAGAAUUGUAGAGAGACGUGGAGUUUCAGUGAGCCAUGAGAAGUCCUUACUCUACAUCCAAGAUAAGUGGUAGGCAGGUGUCUAACUCCACAACCAUAAUCAAAUGUCAACUGCUCCACAUUUUCUACUGUGCGUAUUGGAUUGAGCUCACUUUUCUCCAAGUUAAUUACUUAAUUCAAUCUUGAACCCACUAAUGAAGCCCCCGACAUCUGCCUAGAAAUAAAUCUACUCAAAACUUCCUUCUCCAGAAUGAACAAGUAGGGCGAAAGAGGGUGCUCUUGUCUCAAUCCUCACAUGCUCUGAGGGGAAAAAAGGAUGAAGUCCCAUAAUCAACUUUGAGAAGUGAAAAAUGGAUGUACGAAACCGGAUUUUUGUUUUUUUUUUUGAUAGACAAAAGUUAGUAUUUAGAGAUGCCAAAAAAGGGGGCGCACCGAAUGCUCCUCCCUUUGCUCUCCUAACCCUUUGAUCUACAUACCCUUUUCAAUCAAGUUGAAUCACAUAUGGGAGUACCUUGAAAGCCUUAGUAGUAGAGGCUCAUAGGGAAUAAUACAAAUAAAUUAGGUCCUAUAUCAUCUUUAACGACCUCCAUUUGUCCUAAAAAUUCUUGCAUUUCUUUCUGCCACACUAUCUAAAUCAUCAUAAGGUAGGUGAUUUGCCAUAAAAUUUUGCCUCUUAUAGUACUCUCCAAAUAUCUAAAGGAGAUGGUUAUCAUGUCACUUAUACUUCUAAGGUAUCCAGUCUAGCCUGUUUGAUCUAAAUAGCUUGUGCCAAAGCCUCAAAACUAUCAGAUAGUAUAAAAGAUGAUAAAUCGAUUUUCCAAUGCCCAUGCGCAUGGUGCAAUGAUCAUAACUAAGGACUUUGAAAGGUCUUCUUGCUUGAAGCAAGCCAUGGGUAUUGACCUUUUGGUUGGCCAUUAACCAAGCAAAAGCCUUGGCCUUUGAUGGAGCUUUAGAUUUCCUUGUAAAUUUUGUUAUGGAGAAAAGAAUUGAAGUUGAUUGCUUGGACAAGGUUGAUAAUAAAGAUUUUAUUGUGAAUAAGUCUGGAGAAGAUAAUGACCAAAUUCUCACAUUGGAAAGGAUGGUGAGAGGAUCACACGAGCAAAAGAUGACAUGAGUUUUUCAAGAUCUUCUAUCUCUAGAUUAGUGAGGUUUCUACGAAUAGAUGAAAUAAAAGAAUUUCUAAUUGUGACAACUGUGAAAAGAUUUAGAAAUUGAGAACAAAGAAGUUGAUCUCCCCACCAACAAUCUUCCCAAAAAUGAAUCUUUGCCCCUUCUUCUUACCUUAUAGCAGAUGUUAUAGGCAAAUUCUUGGAAAACCUAUGCAAUGGCUUUCCAAGGACAAUAAUGCGACCACUUGACUAAAAUGUUGGCAUCCUUAACCAUUAGGAUGUGUCCCAUAGACACUCAAUAUGACCUUAUGUUAAAGAACAAUACUUUACUUAGAAAACCUCCAAAGCCACUUCCUUAAGAGAGCUCUAUUCCUUAAAGAAACCUUUGAAAACCAAAACCUCCUUCCUUCUUUGGCUUUCGCGCUUUUUUUUUAAUAGGUAAAUUUUUGUCCCCAUUGGGACUUGAACAUGGAACCUCCUACAAACCCUUCCCAUCUCUUGACUUACACACUUGAUCCCAACUAAUAAGGUGAUAUCUUUUUCCCUCCCCCAACCAUUGACCAAAGAAAGGCCCAUUGCAUGUUCUUAAUCCUAGUCGCUAUUGAUAAUGAGAUCUUAUAUAUAGAAAGGUAGUUCUUAUCAAAAAUAUAUAGAAAGGUAGUGACUAGGGAUGUGAGACAAAUAAGAAGGAAUUAGCUCUAUUCUCCCUGUGAAGGACAAACAAGCUUUUUUCCAUCCAUCUAGUCUAUGUGAAAUUCUAUCAAUCACUAGCCUUGAGUUUUCCCCUAGUGGGGGACCAAGUAGGUGAACUUAAGGUUAUACAAAUCUUUCCAGCAAACUGCAAGUGUGACACCCUAGUUCAACUCUGCCCUACUUGGAAGCCUUCCAAGAUGCAUCACUUCUUUACUCUCAACAAUAUCCUACUUAAGGCAUCAACUGCCAUGGUGAAGAGGAAAGGGGAAAAAUGAUCUUCUUGCCUUGAACCUUUGGUUGCUUUGAAUGAUCCUCCAGCACUUCCAUCCACUAAGACUAAAAAAUUUGUUGAAGAAAUGCAAACCCCCUCAUCCAAGAUCUCCAUCUUGGAUUAAAUCCUUUCCUUUCUAGUGCAUGAUCUAGAAAACCUCAGUCACAUGAUCAUAGACCUUUUCAAAAUCGAUCUUAAAAACCACUCCUUCCUUUCCUGAUUGUCUUUUUUCAUCCACCAUUUUAUUGCCUAUCAGUACCACAUUUAAAAUAUCUCCAUUCAAUGAAAAAUCCCUAUAAGACAUGAAUAGUUUCCUGAAGGACUCAUCAGAUACGAUUAAAUAAAACUUUAGCUAUGAUCUCAUACAGACUUGUGACUUAAUUAAUAAGCUUGACAUUUGAAAUUUUGUUGGUCUAACUUCUUUUUAGCACAGGUGCUAUAAAGAUGGAAUUGGUGCUUUGGUUUUAUUAUUGCACUAUUAUGAAACUCCAUAAACAGUCUUAAUAAACCCUUUACCACAUCCCUACACUCCUGAAACGCAACUAUGGUAAAACUAUUAUGGCUAGGAGCCUUUUCCUUGUCUAAUUGAAAGUUAGCUUAUCGACCCUUCUCUACGGAAAAGGGUGAUUCAAUCAAUUAGCACUCUCUUUUGAAACAGGAUACUUGUUGAGCUCUCCUAACCUUCAAGAAUCUCUAAAGGGCUUGGAAUAUAACUUUUAAAAAAAAACUCAGUCUCUCCUUGCUUUUAAUAUUAUCUCAAGUUGCCCCUCCUUAUGGAAAAACUUAAAGAGUUGCAAUACCCUUCUUUUACCCAUCUUACCUUAGCCUUUUGUCUCCAAUGCACCUCUUCCCUUAGCAACAAAUCCUCCAUCUCCCCCUUAAGGCCCUAAAAGUUAGAAUCUUGGGAGAUUAAUUUUCUUCUUGUUUGCUGGCAUCAAUGUUUGCUGUCUUUGAUUUUAUUCUUUUUCGUCUCCUUUAAAUCUCCAAAAGAUACCUAAUUUCAUUAUUUCAGUUUUGUUUUGACAUACUAUAGUCUUUUCAUGAAUCUAUGACCUUCCUACUCCUCAACCUGAAAUUCUUUCCAUCAUAAGCUAAUAUUUUCCUUGAAAUUGGGUGGAGUAGCCACAUGUUUUAAAACCUGAAUGGAGCUGGUCCCCACUUGAAUGGACUGGUAUCUAAGACAAUCAGCCAAUGGUCAGAGGAAAAUCUCAGUAAAGCUUCUUGAAGACUCUGGGGAAAACUUUGCUCCCCUUCAUUUGACAAUAAAAUCCAUCCAAUUUCUUGCAAACAAGGGAUUCUUGCAAAUUGGACCAGGUAAAUGAGGCACUCCUAAGAGGGGGAUUGGCUAACUUGCUUUCUUUAACGAAAUCAUCAAAAUCUCUUGUGCUAGGGGUUAAUAUAGAACCUCCCAACUUCUCUGAUAUCCUCUUGAUGACGUUAAACAAACCAACCCAACCCUCACGAAGGUUAAACCAUGGGUAUGUAGGAGCCUUAUUUAGCUGUCUUGAAUUUGAAACGACAUAUUUUUUAGGUUUUUUAAGUUAAUAUAAAAGGGUGAUACAACAGUGAAAGGAUAGAAGAGAAAGAAAUUUGGUGUUCACUUUCUUUAUUGUAUUAGAUGAAUGAGGGAAAACGUCUUUGCAGCAUUUCUUGUAUAUUUCCAUUAAGUUAGUUUACAUAGUCACAGACCUUGUACUCCUGCGGGGUUCUCAAACAACCCUAUAUUAGAGGGAGCUCAAUUAUGAUCACCUCUAUGAGUAUAAUAUUUUUUUUUUGGUUAGGAAACGACAAAGGGAUAUAUUGAUAAAAAGGAAGUACAAGAGAAGGAUGAGGAAUCCUCCCACCAAAGAAAAACAAAACUACAAGGAAUCAAAUAUAAGAAAAUACAAAGUAAAAACAAACAAACUCUCUAGGUUAGACCAACCCAUUGGAAUUACACACCGCUAACCAAUCAAGUUGUAACACGUUCAGGGGAGUCCCCUUAAAAACCUUGGAACAAAAAGCCCAAAGAGAAGUAAGGAAAUGAAUAGAAUCCCAAAGGUUCUCUGAAUUCCUUAUUUUAUCCUAAAAAAUCCUUGCAUUUCUUUCCCAUCACACUACCCAAAUUAAAGCGAUGCACGCAGCUUGCCAUAAAACAAUCCCUCUCUUAGAAAAUCCAAAACUGUUAAAAUUGGUAGACAACAUGUCAGAGAUGCUCCUCGGGGGGACCCAAUCCGUCUUGACUAACUGAAAUAAUUUGUGCCACAACCCCAUCGUCAAAGAACAAUGGAGAAAAAGAUGAUCUACUGAUUUUCCAUACUUCAUGCACAACUUACAAAUGUCAAGACCAAGUGCUUUGUAGGGUCUUCUCGAUAUCAAGUCAUUAGUAUUUACCUUCUCUAUGGGUAUAAUAUUAUGAGAGUUAGACAGACAUGCAUUGCUUUAUUUGCAACUAUGAUCAGUAGCUACUUUACCUAGCUUUGUCUAUGGCAGGCAUCUUGUUGCCAAGUACGUGUUGUCAGUUUUUAUUUACAAUUAGCAGGUACAGGCUGGUUUGCCAGAUUACCAGGCAGAUUUAGAAGCUGAGGAUGGAAGUAUCAAAGCAUGCUCAAGAAUAAUUUAAUUGUUAAGAACCAGUAAUGAGUUGAAGUUGAUAAAAAGAUUGAUGCUAAUAGUGCUACAGUUGCUGGGGAGUGGCCAGCAGGCCUGUAUUGAACUCAUCUUGGUAAUAUGUGAGAUUUUCUUGGUGUACAGAGUGUCAACCACUGCUGAUUCCUCUCAAGAUUGGGUGCACAUAUCCCAUGGUUUAUGAGGUAGACUGCAGGUUGACAGUGUAAACUGGAAAUGCUUGCCCUUGUCAGAAUGGAUAUAUUGCAGCAUACUUACCAAAACCCAGGUUAAGACUAAUACAGCAUGCUUGCACAAUCUAGGCCAUUGCUGGGUGCCUGACUCAAGGAGCAACAUUGAAAUGGACUUGUGCCCCAGAAAGAGCAAUGGAAGCAACAUUUCAGGACUUGCUGCUGGGGUAUCUGAGGCUUCCUUGUGAUUGCUUUGCAUUGAUUGGCAGAAGUAGUGGAGUAGGGUGAAGUGAAGAUAUAUGCUAUGGAGGAAAGAAAGAAACACUGGAAAACAGCGGGUGAAGUGAAUUUGAUCACAAUUUAUGUCAUAUAGAUGCAUAUUCAUGUUGGUUGUACUUGGUCUUGUUUCAUUUCUUCUACUGCAUGUUACUAGAAAGUUAGGAGUUAAAAGUUUGUUAUUGUACAAGUGUGUUUGUGUUGGUAUCGUAGAAUAAAUUCCAACGAAUGUCUUAUUAAGUUAUGAUCCACUAGUUAAAACCUUAAGUUAUUUUCAAUUUUAUUGUAAUUUCUCUUUCUUCUAAUGCAUAUAAGAGAUUUUGUCGAUA